AUGAAAAAAAGAAACAACUUCGGAUUUUCAAAUUUUUGGUCUUCAGCAGUAAAAGUCGGCGGGUGCUUAUGGGCAGUCCUGCUCGUUGGUUUCGUGGUGGAGGUGGGCCUGUACGAGACGAUGUGCCAGCACUCGCCGGACAUGUUCUCCGUCUCGUGCCAGUUGUCCGGCGACCUGAUCUCCUACGUCUGCUACUCGCUCUUCAUCUUCACCGCCAUCGUCGUCGGCAUCCAGCUCCUCAAGACUGCGUCAAACACGCCCCCCGCCGCUCGCAACUUCAAGUCCCCGCUCGCGCUCAAAAAGGACAAACUCUGCAAACAGAUCGCCUCCUCUACUGCCCUCGUCAGACUCAUCAUUCUGAUCAUCGCCGCCCUCGUGCUACUGUACAUCGUGCAGAAAACAAAGGAGCUCUUUCCACAGUUGCUAAACGGCUUCGAGCCAGCUGAUCAUCCCAAACUAGCCAUUUUGAAUGUCUUCAUGUAUGUCCUCAACAAUCUCGCACUACUAGGUGUUAUCUUUUUUGCCUCACAAGAACUAACAAAACUCAACCAGUCGAUCGUUGACCCGAUGGGCACGGCGCGGAAGAAGAUGGCGGCCGAGAACGAGAAGGACUUGGUGGAGGCGGAGUCGCCCCCGCCCCAGGCGAGCUCCUUCUUUCGCCUGAAUCGCCACACGGACCACAUCCAGAUCAUCCGCAGUUCAACGAAACAGAGUCUGCAGAAGACUCCCGAAUCUCAUUCCUCUUCAACCUCGGGCAUCGGCUCCUGCUCCCCCAGCUCCUCGUCGCCCGGCUCGGGCUCCACGCCGCCACCGAGCCAGAAUAACGCGCCAAGUUCAAAACGCAGCCAACCGCGCGCUUAA